AUGACGGAUACAACACCCAGUCGUCACGAAAAAUCGCUUGGCCUAUUAACAAGUAGAUUUGUAUCUUUAUUACAAGAAGCUAAAGAUGGAGUUUUGGAUUUGAAAGUGGCUGCUGAUACAUUAGCUGUUCGUCAAAAGAGAAGAAUUUACGAUAUAACAAAUGUAUUGGAAGGAAUCGGUCUCAUUGAAAAAAAAUCGAAAAAUAGCAUUCAGUGGAAGGGAGCUGGACCAGGUUGUAAUACUAGAGAAAUUUCCGACCGACUGAUGAAACUGAAGGAUGAAUUAAAUGAGUUGACUGCAUUGGAAAAACAAAUCGAUAGACACAGCGUAUCCAUGCAACAGAGCUUAAAAAAUGUCGCAGAAGACACCAGAAAUCUCGAAUCUGCUUAUGUAACUCAUGAUGAUGUUGGCGUCGCUUUUCCAGAGUCGACUGUGCUAGCGAUACAAGCUCCCUCUGGAACAAAAUUAGCUUACCCUUUAUCAGACUCUCGAAAUUAUCAGAUACAUUUGAAAAGUGAAACAGGCCCAAUUUGUGUCAUGCUACUUAAUAAGAAUGCCCUUAAUGAAAAAAUAUCUGAACAAUCAUCCUAUAUGGAGAUGCAGUCAAAUAAUUAUAGCAAUAUCCUUUGCCUUUCUCCACCUGGGUAUCGCGAUUAUUGCUUCAAUCUUGAAGAAGAUGAAGGCGUUUGCGAUCAGUUUGACAUCUCUAAUUUGAUGACAAACUGA